AACAUCAAGCUCGUCGUCUCCGCCGCCGGCCUCAUCCACGACAAGGACAAAGACAAGGACAAGGACCGGUCCCCGUCGUCUUCCUCGUCCGCGGCGGCCGCGGUGAUCAUGUCGAAAUCCAAGUCAGCGCCAGCCUCGGCAUCAUCGCCAUCGGCGGCAUCGACGUCAUCGUCGUCGUCGUCAUCAACAAGCAGCGGCACGGAGCGGCCAUUGAAGGUGCACCAGGCGGGGGGGAAGUCGAGCAAGGAGCUGACGGGGCUGUACCUGCGGCAGGAGGUGCGCGGCGCGCACGAGGGCUCCAUCUGGACCGUCAAGUUCAGCGCGGACGGCGGGCUCCUGGCCACCGGCGGCGAGGACCGCGCCGUGCGCGUCUGGCAGGUCGUCGUGGUGGACGCCGGCGCCGCGCCGGACCUCCUCCUCUUCCCCGGCGCCGGCGCCGCCGCGCAGCUGCCCCCGCUGGCGCCCACCGACGGCGGCUCCCUGGCGGCGGCGGCGCCCGGGCUGGCGGCGCAGCUGUCGAGGAAGGUGACCCGAUCAGGGCGCGGUGGCGGGAAGAGCGGCAGCGGCAAGCACGCGCUCCCGGAGCACGUCGUGGUGCCCGACUCCGUCUUCUCGCUCGCCGAGAACCCCCUCUGCGUCUUCCUCGGCCACGACGACGACGUGCUCGACCUCUCCUGGUCCAAGUCCCAGCAGAGGAGGCUGCUGUCGUCGUCGAUGGACAAGACGGUGAGGCUGUGGGACGUGGAGAGCAAGGCGUGCCUCAAGGUGUUCGCGCACAGCGACUACGUGACGAGCAUCCAGUUCAACCCGGCGGACGACGGCUACUUCAUCAGCGGAUCGCUCGACUGCAGGGUCCGGAUCUGGAGCGUCGCGGAGCGGCAGGUCGUCGACUGGAGCGACCUCAACGACAUGGUCACCGCCGCUUGCUACACCCCCGAUGGCCAGGCUGCCAUCGUUGGAUCACACAAGGGGUUCUGCCGAUUCUACAAGACAAGAGAUUGCAAGCUGAACCAGGAGGCACAGAUCGACAUGAGCAUAUCCAAGAAGCGCAAGUCGCAGGCCAAGAAGAUCACCGGAUUCCAGUUUGCGCCGGGGAACCCGUCGGAGAUGCUGGUGACGUCGGCGGACUCGCAGAUCCGGGUGUUCAACGGCAUCACCGUGCUCCAGAAAUUCAAAGGGUUCAAGAACACCAGCAGCCAGAUCUCAGCGUCCUACACGGGCGACGGCCGCUACGUCGUCUGCGCCAGCGAGGACUCCCACGUCUACGUCUGGCGCCGCGCCGCCUUUGCCGGCGCCGGCGCCGGAGGGGUCGGCGUCAAGGCCAAGACCUGGCUCACCAGCCGCUGCUGCGAGUACUUCUUCUGCAGGGACGUCUCGGCCGCCGUGCCCUGGCCAGGCGCCGGCGGGUCGUCCCCUUCACCCCCGGCGGCGUCUUCGUUCCGCCGCGACGGCGACCGCUCGGGUUCUUCGAGCUCGUGCCAUGGCGGCAAGGUGGGCGGCGGCGAGGUGCCGCCGUUGCCGCUGCGGCCCAAGUCCGGGCCCAUGGGGUACCCGGGCGGCGGAGAGGCGCUGCGGAGGGGCGCGUCGUCGCGCGCCGGUGCGGCGGACGCGUGGGGGAUGGUGGUGGUGGCCGCGAGCCUGGGCGGCGAGAUCAGGGUGUACCAGAACUUCGGGAUGCCGCUCGGGAUCAGGGGCCAGAGCAAUCUCUUCCACUAG